AUGACCUCCAAGUUCGCCGAGAACAUGUCCUACUACGACAACCAGCCCCACGCCUGGGGCGGCCAACAACCACAAUACCCCCCGCAACAACAACCACAGUACCAGCAAUACCCACCAACACACCCACAGGCCUAUCCGGCAUACCCUCCUCAGCAACAUCCAGGGCAAACAAUGGACCCUCACUUCCAACACAACGGCUACCAACCAAACACCAGCUACGCCCAACAACCCCCUCAAUCCACCCCCGGACAAAAUACCUCAUACCCACGAACCCUCGACGUCGCCUUCACAUCCUGGACCGGCCGGCACCUGCGCGUCUGCGAAAACACCGCCGACGGCCCCCUCGUCUACUCUGCCGACCUGAAAACCCGCAAACCACACAUGCUCUUCAAAGCCGAGGGCAGCGCCCACCUCCCCGCAACAGUCAUCUUCCACUCGUUCAGCCGCACCAUCGACGUGACAGUCAACGGGACCGAAAUCUCACUAAAACCCACAAGCAAAUGGAAGUACGAGUUCGCAUUCGAGUCGCCCGCCCUCGGCGGGAACCGGCUCGUCUGGAAGAAGAGCUCGGCCUGGAAGUUUCUGAAUAUCGAGUGUGUGGACGAGAGCAGCGGGACGGUGUAUGCGCGGUUUGCUAUGCACAAGGGGCUGAGUGCGAAGAAGGCCGGGACGCUGGAGCUUUUGGGUCCUUGUCUGGGGGCGCCGGCGGCGCUGGUUGAUGAGCUUGUUGUGACGGGGUUGGCGGAUGUGCAGUUGCAGAUGUCGCAGGUGGCCGCGGCCAACUCGGCUGCUGGGGCGAGUGCUGGUGUCAGUGCGGCGGUUUCUGCUUAA